UUUUUUCCUUGACUUACAUUUUCUUUUUACGUUUUUCUCUGUUUGACACACUUGGUUAAAACAAAAUGGUACUAGACUAGCAAUUUUGUCCCCAGUAUUAUUUUGUCCAAAUACCAUUUUGAGGCGCCUUAUUCUCUCUUUAUAGGACUUUUAUCUUUCUCAAUCUUCUCUUUGAACACAAAAAAGUAAAAGUUGUUUGAUAACCAUUUGGGCAUUGCCAUACAAUUCUUGGCAUGCAAAAACCGCGCUUUUCAUUGUCAGCUUCAGCAUUGCGACAUAUAAAAAUACAUAUGUUAAUUUCUAAGGGAAUUCAGAAGCAAAAAAGAGAAAGAAAGGGUUUUUAUAUAAAUAUUUUUUGUAGCCUUUUUAGUAGUUAUAUUCAUGUACAUAUUAUUGCCACUAGGCUGCUCUAGUUGUAUAAAAAAGCAUUUUAGAGCCAGUCCGCCUUUAUUUUUCUUUUUAUUUUUCUUUUCAUUCUUCUCUU